GGUAAAGAUCUGUUUUUUUUUUUUCUUUUCAUUAUCUGUUGCCCUAUCUCUCUCUCUCUCUCUCUUAUUAGCAUAUGAGCAAUAUUCCUGUGUGUGUUUUUAGCCAUAUUCUAAUCGCUUCGUUUCUGUCUCUUUCAUCUUGGGCCUGCGGUGAUGGAAAAAGGUAGGUGUUUCACUCUUGGUUGGUAGGACUUUCAUAGAGAGAGAGAGUACUUCUAUGUGGUGAAAGGAUUCUCGUUGCGUUGUUAUUAGCGUUUUUGUCUCUGACUUUUACCCGGGCCUUCUUCUUUUAACAUCAUUUCACCUCUCUGAGCAAAAAAGCUGUGACCUUUGCAAGAUUUUUGCAGACUCCUUCCCUUGUUUAUGCUCUCUCUCACCUCAGGAAUGGAGCUGCUUGACUAGAAAUAUGUAGAAGGAAGUGGCACACAUCUUUCGUUGAAACAUGAGUUCAUGUAAGUGGCUAGUAAAAAAUGGGAGGGUGGGGAUGGUGUAAUCUCUCAUACUUUAUAGUUGUGUGCCUUCUGCUAGAGGCAGCUAACAGUUGAAUUGCUCGGAAACGUAUGGCUGACCUAAAGGGUGAGACAGUUGGUGCAAAUGCAUCACCUGAGUGCAAGCUGAUCAAAGAUUGUGUGGCUCGUCGUGGUUAUGAGGGUAUGAAUCAUGUGGGAGCCUUGAAGAGGCUGUUUUCGCCAUCAAGAUUAUCGGGUUUUGAAUCAGCAGAUAGUGAGAGCAGGCAUGGAUCGACUCUGGCCUUUGAGAGUAGCUCAAAGUGCCAUGAGGCUGAUAUGCAAUCGUCAUCUGUUGGAGCUGGUUCUACGCGUGUGAAGAGUGAGAUCAGCACGGAGACGGAUUCAACUCCCGGGAAGGGGAGUCUUGAAAUGGAUACUAAGAGUAAACAGAGGAAUCAUCUAGUUGGUGGCGAAGACGGGUUGAGUACGAGUACGGUGGUGCAGGAUUCUCAACACAGGACUGAAUCUUCGUGUUCGAACUCUUUAGCUGCUGUGGUUCCUGUUUCCUUAGCCUAUCAAAGCUAUCAGGAUACCUCGAAGGAAGCUUACUUGUUCCGGAAUUGUGGGAGCUCCAUAGAUAGUUCGAACUCAAAGGCCUUUGAUCGCAGCCCGGAAGAGCCAGUGACGGCCAGUUCUGAGUCAGGUGUAUCUGCUCAAAUCGCGAAUAAGGCUAGAAGAAACACGAAUGCUAGGAAUAGUGUGAAGAUUUCGUCGUUGGGUGGAAACCAUUCUUCAUCAAUGAUCACUAAGAGAGAGCGAGAGAGAAAGAUUUCUCGUAGCUGGGAUCUCGAGGCAGAAACUCCUGAAAAUGGAGAAGUUCUGAAAGAGGCUGACAAUGUGAAAUGCGACAGUAGAGAAGGUGGAAGUGUGUUGGCAACAAAAGGCAAAUCGCUAGAGACGGGCUCUGAGGUAAUGGACAGAUACAAGGAUGAACUUUGGGUGAAUGAAUCUGCUGAUUCCUCAAUGGCGAAGCACGGUAAGAGAUCUGUGAAAGACGAGGAUAAAGCUGUUGCUGGAUUCGAUCUCAACAAAGACUUCAAUGCAGACGAGCUAGACGAUUGUGUGCAGCCGGUUCUGGCUUCUGUCUCGUCUCACAGCGUGAUACAUGUUGUGGCAAAAGCUGGGAUACCUAGUGGCCAACGGCCUAUGAUUCCAUUGAAAUUCGAAGGCGGUCUAGGCUGGAAGGGCACUGCCCAAACAAGUGCUUUUCGUUCCACUGCUUUCUCGAAGAACUUGAAUGGAACAACACGUUCCACGAAUCACGGGCCAAGAGACCUCGAGGGCUUCACAGAAAUUGACCUCAAUGUUGCUGUUGAAGAAGAUGUUUCUUAUGAGAUUCCAACGGAGCAUGAGGGGGUAUCCUCACCUUCGACAUUGCAAGAUUCUCAUCCCAAGAGCCCUUGGAUCGAUCUCAACUGCCUCUAUGAUGCUGCUGAAGAGUUCACUCAACCUUCCAUCCCACCUAAACAAGAAAACUCACCGUUGGUAGGCUUGAACUUGGAUACAGAGAGAUCCAGCAACGCUCACUGGCUUGGCCAAGCUAGCCAGUUUCUCGGGAGCAAGAAUCCUGGCUUCCCAGAUCCGGUAUCCCGGGAUUUAAGUUUCAACAGGAGCGUUUACUUGGCUGAUUUGAGCACUAUACAGCAGAUGGCCAACAGUGGCCAUACCCUAAUGGCCUCACCACAGUUUCUCCAGCGAAUGGAGCUCGUUCCACGAGUAGCUUCACGUUUCUCACCAUCCAGCGUCAACCAGCCUGGCACCACACCCUAUACCAGAUACUUUCACGAGCAUGGCAUCUUCCCAGAAGCAGUAAACCCCGGAUCGGUUCACAGCUUUUAUCAUCCAGGCCAAUUUAUUCAAGAACAGAGCAGUAGUAGCAACAUUGCAGCUUUUGUCCCCAAACUCGAGCUCAAAACUGAAGAUCUCUUGUCAGCAAGUGGUAGCAAGGGAGACGGGCCUAGGUACUUCCCGUUUCUCUCUAGAGAAUCCCCGAUGGGAGAACAUAUGCUGCAUCAAGAAGCUUGGUACGCGGCAUCUUUGAAAAGGAAGGAGCCCGAGGGAGGACUGGACUGCAAACAGCUUAUCUAAUUCGUUCGUUCCAUUUUGCUGCUCGAGCUCUUAACACGAGUUUAUGAAUAUGGGAUUUAGCCAUGAAAACCUUGCUCAGCUAUGUUUAGUAAGUUUUCAUAUUUAUCAAAUAUUUUGCCACUUUCACAUUGGAUUAGCUUAGUAGAUUUUGCUGAACUUGUGCAUAUCGAAUAUCCUUUUUAUCUGAGAAUUAGUUGUAGAAUACAUUGAUACCUUCAAUAUUCUGUUUUUUUUUUCCUACAAAA